UCGAAAAGUAAAGUGGGGUUGGUGAGUGACUGAUAUUUUUGUGCGCCUAUAAACCACCUCCUUCUCUUAGAUCUGAAUCUGAGCUUCACUUCAUUUCCCCAUUACACUCCUAUUCUCUUCAUUCAUUCUUCCUCUAAAAAUGGCGUCUGAAGGUGUUUUGUUGGGCAUGGGAAAUCCUCUUUUGGAUAUCUCUGCUGUUGUCGACGAUGAAUUCUUGCAGAAAUAUGACAUCAAAUUGAACAAUGCCAUUCUUGCUGAAGAUAAACAUGUGCCUAUGUAUGGAGAGAUGGAUGAGAAAUUCAAGGUGGAAUUUAUCGCUGGAGGUGCUACCCAAAAUUCGAUCAGGGUUUGCCAGUGGAUGCUCCAAAAACCCGGUGCUACUAGCUACAUUGGUUGCAUUGGCAAAGACAAGUUUGGAGAAGUGAUGAAGCGUGAUGCGACAAGUGCUGGUGUUAAUGUUCAUUAUUAUGAGCAUGAGUCUGUGCCUACUGGUACUUGUGCUGUUUGUAUUGUUGGUGGUGAAAGGUCAUUAGUUGCUAAUUUAUCUGCUGCCAACUGCUACAAGGUUGACCAUUUGAAGAAACCUGAAAACUGGGCAUUGGUUGAGAAAGCCAAGUUCUACUACAUUGCUGGGUUUUUUCUAACUGUAUCUCCGGAAUCCAUUCAACUUGUGGCUGAACAUGCUGCUGCAAAUGACAAGAUUUUCAUGAUGAACCUCUCUGCUCCAUUUAUCUGUGAAUUCUUCAAGGAUCCUCAGGAGAAGGCUUUGCCAUACAUGGAUUAUGUUUUCGGCAAUGAAACAGAAGCAAGAGCCUUCUCAAAAGCUCACGGUUGGGAGACUGAUAAUGUGGAAGAGAUUGCCAUUAAGAUCUCCCGGUGGCCCAAGGCAUCAGGAACACACAAGAGAAUCACUGUGAUUACUCAGGGUGCUGAUCCUGUUGUUAUUGCCGAGGAUGGCAUAGUGAAGACAUUCCCUGUACCAGUGUUGCCUAAAGAAAAAUUGGUUGAUACUAACGGAGCAGGUGAUGCUUUUGUUGGAGGAUUUUUGUCUCAGUUGCUUCAGGGGAAACCUAUUGAGGACUGUGUUAGGGCUGGUAAUUAUGCUGCAACUGUUAUCAUCCAAAGGUCAGGCUGCACAUACCCAGAGAAGCCCGAGUUUAAGUGAAGGUUUUUAGUUCAUGCCUACUCGCGUUAGAGUAGUUGUGAUGAGUCAUUUUAUGCAAGUUUCUCAUUUUUGAACCUUGGUCCUCCAAGUGUUAUUGUUGCUCGGAGAUCUAAUUAUUCAGUUUGUUUCCCCAGAAGCAUUUGAUUUUAUAGAUCAGUGUGAUGCGGAAUUAUAAUAUGCUUGUGAGUGUAUUAAGAAUACUAUUGGAAAUGGAUAAUCAGCCAAAAAUCUAGCAAUCUUCCUGCAUUAUUAAUCACAAAAUUAGUAUAUUGUUA